GAUAAUAUCGCAUGUGACUCAAAAAUGGUAAUGGUUCGGAAGCACUCGGAAUAUGUAUAUAACAAAAAUGCACUGAAUUAAGUAUAGAUUAAUUUUAUAUUUAGUCUGUAUUUAUAUCAUUAAAAAAAUAAAAUUAUCUAAGAAAUGUUUUUGAAAUAAAAAAAGAAUAAUGGAAAAUUAUUUUGUUAAUGCUAAAAUAAUAAAAGAAUAUGAACAAUUUCUUACAACUGGUUGUUCGAAAUUUGAUACAUUACUUGAAGGUGGUAUAACUAAUCGUGGGAUUACACAAAUUUAUGGAGCUGCAAGUACAGGAAAAACACAAUUAGCUUUACAAUUAUGUUUAACAGUUCAAUUACCUAAAACAGAGGGUGGUCUUGCUGCUGGUGCAAUAUAUAUUUGUACUGAAUCUAUAUUUCCAUCAAGAAGAUUACAAGAAUUGAUACAAAAAUUGGAAAUUACUAAAAAACAUGGAAUAAAUGGUGACUUAGUAUUUGUAGAACAUAUUUCUACUAUUGAAGAAUUGGAAAUAUGUUUACUUCAUAGAAUUCCAACAUUAAUAUCUGUACAAAAGAUAGGAUUAAUAGUUAUAGAUUCAAUUGCUGCUCCAUAUAGAGUAGAAGAUUGGAAAGAUGAAUCUAAUAAUAGAGCAAAAAGUUUAAGAAUAAUUGGACAACAAUUACACAAGUUAUGUAAAAAUAAUAUUUGUGUUGUUUGUAUCAAUCAGGUAACAACAGAUGUAUAUAAUAAUGUACUUAAUGAUAAUUUAAAUGUACGACCAACAUUAGGAACAACAUGGUUAAGUAUGAUAACUACUUCUAUACAAUUUUAUAGAAUAGAUUCUUUAAGAUAUGCUUGCAUUAAAUUAUCAUCAAAUUUACCAGAACUAAUUAUUCCAUUUGAAAUACAAGGAUGUGGGAUUAAAGCAUUAGAUUGAAUAAAAUAAAUUGAAAUAAAUUUUUAA